UCUUUAGUGAGGAAACGAGAGCACCCGUUGUGUGAGGAACGCAAUCACAACUCACGGCGUUAACGGAUUUUCUGGAUUAAUUUUUGUACUUUUGGAGAAGUUUACCAGGAAGGACCCUCGGGUUGGAGUUUACUAGAAUCAGCGGGGAAUGAGAGUGGAGCGGACGCCUCGAACAAAGUAACCGAGGAGGAGGUAGAUGGCUGCUGGGGAUGGAGCCCAGCUGCCGGCCACCGUAGCGGCCAGCCGGAGCGUGGAGAAGGCGCUGGAGGAGGCUGCUGCUAGCGGGGCUCUCAACUUAUCCAACCGAAAACUGAAGGAGUUUCCCCGCAGCGCCAAGAACUACGAUCUAUCCGACAUUACCCACGCAGAUCUGUCUAAGAACCGUCUGUGCGAGCUGCCGGAGGAGCUGUGUCAGUUCAUCUCUUUGGAGACGCUCAGUCUGUACCACAAUGGGAUGCGUUCAUUGUCGCCCAGCUUGGGCAACCUGCAGGCGCUCACCUACCUCAACCUCAGUCGAAAUCUUCUGUCCAGUUUACCCCCCUCGGUGUUCCAGCUUCCCCUCCUGAGAGUGCUCAUCGUCAGCAACAACAAGCUGUGUUCACUGCCCGCCUCCAUCUUCUCCCUCACACACCUCCGACAGCUGGAUGUAAGCUGUAAUGAGCUGCAGUGUUUGCCUGCAGAACUCGGACAGCUCGAGUGUCUGAGGGACUUGAACCUGCGGAGGAAUCGGAUCACCACUUUGCCUGAAGAAAUAUCCGAGCUCCCCCUCGUACGGCUUGAUGUCUCCUGUAACCGCAUUUCCCACGUGCCCCUGUGUUACCGCCAUCUGCGGCAUCUUCAGAGCAUCUCUCUGGACAACAACCCCCUCCAGAUGCCCCCUGCACAGAUCUGCUCCAAGGGCAAAUACCACAUCUUCAAGUUCCUCAAUAUGGAGGCGUGCAAGAGGAGCACGGAGGAGCUGGAGAGACACCUGAGGCCCACAGGCUUCAACAGCUGUCUGUCAGACCAGGAGCUGUUCUCAGGUCCGUUUGGCGGUCUGGACUCCGGAUUCAACAGUGUGGACAGCGGCAGCAAACGCUGGUCUGGAAACGAGUCAGCAGACGACUUCUCAGAGCGCUCGCUGCGUCUGGCUGAGGUCAGCAGAGAUCAGAGGAACCUGGAGGAGGAGGACGAGGAGGACGGAUCUCCUCUGGAGGCUAACAAAGUGAACGGCGAGGCCGAGCACGUAGACUUCAUCGACAGCAGCGUGACGGAGGAAGAGGAGGAGGAGACGCCGACGCCUCCUGCUUCUCUCUCAGCUCCUCCUCUGGAGCAGAAGGAGAGCUCUUCAUCAGCCCAAAUGCCGGACUCAUCAGCAUACAGGUCUAGCCUCCAUGUGGAUGUUGGCCCCCCUUCAUCAUCGUCAUCCUCGUCCUCCCCCCUCUCCCCCUCCAGCCCAUCGCUGGAGGAGCGGAGGAGGCCGGGCAGCCUUUCAAUCUGGCAGGAGAGAGAGCGUCUGCAGCAGCAGCAGAAAGAAAAGAGCAGCUCAUUGAAGCCAAUCACCAAAGCAGGAAGUUAUGUGAACACCACAGGAAGUUUAUCAGCUGGUGGCUCUCCAGAGAACAGCAACUCACACACCGGUCUGAGGCAGAGAUGUGCAAGUGCUGAUCAGAUGACCACCCCUCAUCCUUCUUUUCUACAUCGCUCCAGUAGCAGAACAGAUGUCCCAUCCUCCCCAAAGACGUCUCCUCCACCGGGUCAGGCCCAGAAACCAAACAGCUUCCUGUUUCGAACUUCGUCCCGCAGCAAUGUCAAACCUGCAGUGUUUACUCUGGGAGAGUCGGGCAGAUGUGAGUCUCGCACACUGCUGAGAUCACCUAAAGAGGAGAGAUUGGACAUCACACAACUACGCAAGACUCUGGAGUCUCGGCUGAAGAUCACCCUCCAGGAUGAUCUGGGUGAGGCGUUGUCCAACGGCACUAUCCUCUGUCAGCUGGUCAACCACAUCAGACCCCGCUCCGUCUCGAUCAUCCACAUUCCCUCUCCAGCAGUGCCAAAGCUGAGCGCAGCAAAGAGUCGACUCAACGUGGAGAACUUCAUUGCUGCUUGUCGAAAGCUGGGAGUCCCUGAGACGGACGUUUGUGUGUGCUCUGAUGUGCUUCUGUGUAAGCUGCCCGCUGUGUUGCGCUGCGUGGCGGCUCUGCUGGUCGUGGGGGAGGAGAGGGGGGAGACAGCAGAGGAAUGCUCCCCCUGCCACUCCUCACCUUCAUCGUCCUCCUCGUCGUCUUCUUCGCUGCUGUCCACAGAUUUCCUCUUCUUCUACUGUGCCGCCAUGGCUCUGCUCUACGUCCUCUACUGCUACCUGCUCACCUAAAGGACACACAGCUACACAACAACACAACACUACAACGAACAGCACUACGAUACACACUAAUGAACAGAUAUGGAGGCGCUGGGGCUGGGCGAUAUGGACCUAAAACAGAUCUGGGUAUUCGUUUAUCUGAAUGGUGAUAUAUGUCAUAUACAUGGAAGUAAAGAGCUAAUGGUCGCUACUAUACUAGAAUUUAAACUUUGAUAUGAUUCUAGUAAAAUCUAACCAUGCUUGAACCUGUUUGAUACCACAGCAACAAAAAUAAAAGUCCUAGAAACUGAUAAUAGUUAUUAUUAAUAAAUAAAAAUAGAAGAUAAACUCUUACAUAUUAUUUUACACAAUCGUUGGCAACACUUCAUUCAUAGAGGCUGUGAAAAUGUUCUCUACCUUUAACUCCCUGAUCAUUAAAAUAACUCUCCAUUGUUUUAAAGAUUGUUGGAUCAAAUAAAACAGGAACCCUAAAGGUCUCUGGUCAUUUUACCUAAAAGAGAGAAAACAUUGUCUAAGUGCACAAACACAGUGACAGCAUUUGGGAUAGUGAGUGGACAUGGUGUGGAGCGAGGGAAACCCUCACUCUUUGGCAUUUCCAUCCCCUCCUCACCUUUGGCAACUCUAAAAAAGUGAGUGGAACUGGUAAAGAUGGCUGGUUUUCCCCACUUCUUGCCACUUCCAUCAAAUUUACCAAAUUUUGCCCACAUAUUUGUGCGAUUUAGAAAAUGUUCAAGUGUUUGCUGGGAAUCAAAAGUAAAAAAUGUUACCUACCUUUCACAGCUGGAAAGUCAAGGAGCAAUUGGUGACAUAUUUUGCUUUCCAGUUGCACCUUCUUCUUUCAAGAGUUGUGUGCAGAAGUUUGCCUUCAAUUUUGGGAAAUUGGAAACAAUAAAAGUUGCCAAAUUUCUUCCUGUCUGUUAGUGACAUUUGGAAAAGUUGGUGGGACUGGCAAGAACUCAGGAAAACCCUCGCUACUUGCCAGGUCCAACUACUUUUCCAAAUGUUGCCAAUGUGUUUGUGCAAUUAAGACAGUGUUUAGACGUAUGGCUGUGCUUUUGUUAAUUAGAAACAAUAAAUUACCCAGUAAGGGUGACUAGGACUUCUUUUUAUGUUGUUGUGGUAUCAAAUAGGUGUUGAUUCCAUUUGAUUUUUACCAAACUAAAGGCGCCUUAAAUAAAAUAAAUACUUUUCCAUGAAUACUAAGCAUUUUAAAUGGAUCAUCAAUAAGCUUAGUAGUUUACAGGAAGAACCACUAUUGUUUUACUGAACAUUAGUCCUGCAGGACACAUCAACAUUAUCCAUAUUUACAAUAUUGUCUUACCCUUUAUCUGGUUUGAAAAUUUAUCAACACAUCUUAUUUAUUGCCCAGCCCUAAGUCCUGGCCGUCCUCUCAGACGCCGCUCUGUGUCUGUCAACAGCUGUAAAGCGGAUGGAAGCACCUUCUAGAAACAGAAACACUAAAGCACAGAGCAGCUGUUCACUCAGACGGAUUCAAACAAGACCCUGACGGACUAAAACAGAAAAAUGCCUUAGACUAGUUUAGCCUUCACUCUGAAACGCACAGCACGUUUGGAGAAGACUGAGUUUUCUAUACUGGAGGUAGAGCUGCUCUGGACUGGGAGGAAAGAGUCUGAUUGAUUAAGAGGAAAAUGGGCAGUGCAAAAGAGUCAUAAACAAGGAUGAAAAUAUCCUUAAAAAUUAAACAUAAUUUUCCCUUUUUGUCUGGUAAUAACGGUACAAAAUCACUUCUGCUUUCCUGAAACUUUUGCCACUUAAAGAACACAAAGUCCUCUACAAUCACAGGUAAAAAAAAAAAAGAAAAGGCUAGUCUGGUCUCUUUCAGAGCUAAUUAUGAUUGUCAAACAGGCCCUCAUUGUCUGAGUGUGGAGAAGUUUGGCAGCUUUUAACUUCUCAGAAAACACUCAGCGCAACUACAGCUGAAGAAAAUAUAACAGGUGCCUUUGGGGAUGCCUGAUCCUGUAUUUUGUGACUCUGAAAACUAAGUUUUGGCAUUAAAAAAUCUGGAGGUAAAUACUCUGAGGCUCACAUAUGGUUGAAUGAAGUUUAGCUGGGAGGUUUUGUAGGUUUCAGAUUGGGCCGUGGCAUACUGAAGUUUGGAAAGGUUGGUCUGCUGUCACUCUGGGAAAUGAAGGUACAAAGAUACGUUUAACGUUGGUGUUUAGGGAGAAAAGCUCUUCUAUUGGUCAGUGUCUGGAUGCAUGUCGUUGAUAUCGGGUCAGGAUGUCAAACUAGAAAGAAGAUGGGAGAGAAUUUGGGCAAGACAGUCGUGUAGAAUCAGGAUUGAGGAGUCCUGAAGAAUCCACUUAAAAGGCCCUUGUCGUUCCUGACUUUGGUAUUUGUUAAAAGCCUCAAUCCUUGACAGUUCUACCUGGUUUCCAGCUUGCCCUUCGCUUGUUGGCAAUAUUUGAAGAAGUGGUAGGAACCAGCAAGGAGAGAGAUUGCAACAUUUGUUUUAUUUGCCAGUUGCACCUGCAUUUCCAAAAGUUGCCAACAAAGCUGCAGGAGUCUAUUUUCAACUCACUCAUCACAUGUUGGCAACAUUUGCAGAAAUGGCUGAAACAGUGAGGAGCCAUCAAGGGUUUUUCCAAGCUACUCGUCACUUCCAAAAGUUGCUAGUCAAGUUGUGCUGUUUAAAGGAAGUGCAGGCAUUUUGCUACAAUUUUUGAAAACUAAACAAAAAAAGUCACCAUUGUGAGCUUUGCUUUUUGGCAACUUUUGGAGAAGUUGUUGGAUUUGGCAAGGAGAAAGUUGGACAGUGUGCUGUGGUGUACAAGCAAUGAUUAAUAUUCAGUGUUCCCAACCCGCUUCUGUGUGUUGGCAACAUUUGCAGAGGUGGCUUGAACUGUGAGGAAUGAGGGUGUUUCAUAUUUCUAACCAGUUCAACCACAAUUCUGUAAAAGCUGCCAGUGUAUUUGUGCAAUUUCGGCAGUGGACAACUCUGGCUGCUAUUUCGAAACUUAAAAAAGUCUAGCCAAUGCAUGAUGAUGUUCAGGUUUGCAGCAUUUGGAAUUAAAAAUGGCAAGGAGUGAGCUGGCAAUGUUUUUCUUGCCAGUUCUUCCUGCUUUUCCAAAAGUUGCCAACAUAGUUGUGCAAUUUACAGUGUGCAGGAAUCUGAGGCAGUUUUGGUCUUUAAAAACAUUUAACCCUGCCAUUUUGCUCCCCAACAGUUAGCAAUGAAAGGAAAAAGAGCAUGAAAGACAAAGGGUUUCUCUAACUCCUCACCACUUCUACCCACUAUUCUAAAAGUUGCCAACUUGUUUGUACCAAUCAGAUUGUGUGCAGGAGUUUAGCUGCAAUUCUUAUGAUUAAAAAACAGCAACUGUUGCCUCCUUGCAAGUUUUGGCAACCUAUGUGGAACUGGCAAGGAGUGAGUGGGUGGCACUUCUUGUUUUCUCUGGCAGUUAAAUCUGCUUUUUUCAAAGUUGCCAACAUGGUUGCACAAUUAACAAUUUGCAGGAGUCUGCAGGCAUUUUGGAUAAUUAAAAAAAAAAAAAAAAACAUAAGUUAGCAACAUUUGGACAAAGUGUAAAACUGUUGAAGACAGAGUUUUUUCACUCCUAUCCACUUUUACCCACUUUUCCUAAAGUUGCCAACUCAGUUGUAUAAAUCAGGUUGUGUGCAGGAGUUAAGUUGCAAUUUUUAGAAUCAUAAACAGUGACUGUUGCAUCCUUGCUUGUUAGCAACUUUUGGAAAAAUUGGUGGAACUUGCAAUGACAGUUAUUGUUUUCUCUGCCAGUAAAGCCUGCUUUUCUGAAGGUUGUCAAUAUAGCCGUGCAAUUUGAGGAAAAUAAAAACAGUAAGUGUAGUUACUCCGCUCCUCAUCGGUUGAAAAAGUGUGAAACUGGUGGUUUUCUCUGCUCCUUGUCAGUUCCACCCAGUUUAAAAAAAUGUUGCCCAAGUAUUUGAGCAAUUUAGAAAAUGUGCAAGUGUUUGCUGGCAACUUUUGGAAAGUGAGAGAAAGGGCAAGAAGCAUGUUGGCAAAAUUUGUUUUUCCAAAAGCAUUUGGGCAGUUUAGACAGGCUGUGUACAUGCAAGCUCCAGGCAGUGACAAUGUCAAAGCUGCACAUGGCCCCUAAUGGCCCCCCAACACAAGUGAUGUGUGCAAAAAUGCCGGAACAUUACUGUAGUUAUCAAGGAGGGGUCGCAGAGCUCUGCUGCUUCCUUCCUGUUCUGAAUCAAGGACUCUCUACAACAAAAACCGCCCUCCUUAAGGUGUUUUUUACUACACUGACAUUUUUUUUUCAUGGAUGAAUUUUACAAAAUGGGUGAGAAAAGCAGUUAGAAGUGGCCAUCCUUGUUCUUGCCACAAGCUAUUUGCAAAGCAUUCUGUCAUUGCUCAGUUAAUUUCAACAUUUCAGGAGAAAAACCAGCAUAUUGCAUCUUUAAAGUGAAUAUUGUUUGAUGAUAUGUCAAACUGUUGGCUAAAGAAGCAUCCUAGAAGACUUUAAAAUAGUGAGAAUGAUCCUUUAAACCCCUGAUGACUGGGUCUGUGGUUCUUUUGCCCUGCUCAGGAUCUAUUAGUUUAUUUCUGUAUCCAGAGCAGCUCUACAUCCUCCAUCCUUAAACUCUGUUGUGUAUUCUGGGGAGGGACGCUGCAGGAGAACCAUGAACCUGAACUGUGAAUGUGAUUUUUCGCCUUGUUGUUGAGACGAUGUUUGGUGAAAAAGGGUCCUGGAUGUUGUGACAGUGAGAUCAAUGAUACAGUGCCUCCUCUCACUGAACCUUUAUAGACCACUGGCUUUUAUUUUAACGCCUGCUAUGCUAAGUGUGAGCAGCGGGGGGCGAUGUGGCUGCAUCGAUCCUUCUGCAGGCUUCAAACUGAUGGUACAAAAAAACUCCUGCAGGAGGUCCAGUCUGUCUGUGUGAGUCUGUUUUUUUAUGGUGGUCGCUCUGACUGGCUGUUUGUAUAAAUGUAAACAUGUUAUUAAAUUAUUGUUUUUAUUUAUUUUCAAUGAUUUAAAGUUUAGUGGUGAAACAGCAGAGGCUUUACUCUCCUUUAAAUCUCUCACUGUUGAAUUAGAUGAAAUCAAUAUUCAAUUAUUUAGAGUUAAAAUAACAUUGAUCCUUUAAAACUUGCCCCUUUUCUUUGAUUGGCUGAGAAUCAAUUACCUGGAGGCCUAAACACCUUUACCUGAGCGUUUAAAGGCCUCUGCUGUUUCCUGCACUCACAGAAGGUCUGAGAUGAAACGAUCCCCAUCAUCUGACUGAUGGAGGGGGUAAGAGCAAAUACCGCGGUCAUAUUUGAGGAAAUCUGCUGCUAAAGCAUCAAAAUUAUAAAAUAUUCUUUUCCUGUUCUUUCUGAGGCCUCACGAACAUUUAAAAUCGAACUAUGCCCUUAAGAUAGCUGACAGAAGUUUAAAAAAUGAUGCAAAACUUCAUGUUUAGUAUGAUAAAUUUGUCCAUCCAAUUCUUUAAAACAGACUUGAGCUGGAGUGAUUACUUUAGCUCAAACUAAUGAAAUAUUAACUUCUAUGCAUAAAUUUGGUAAGAAAAGUCCACAGCUUUGUUUUAUAGAAAUGCUGAUUUAAUUUCUGAACAGGGUUUUUUUUAUUAGGUCCACUCUAAAAAAUAAAAACAAAAGAGAAUCUAUUAAUUUUGAGGAAAAAAGUUGACAUUUUUUUGACCAUUGCAAGAAACCAAACCCAGAAUGUUGGAGUUGAAAGUUGUACGUUUUGAGUAACAAAACUGAAAACCCUGGUUGGAUCAAAGUCAUUUCUGUUGUCAGGGUGUUUUCUUCUGAAUAGAUCCAGUUUACAGAAAUGUCACAUGUCAUGUUACAGUGGUCCUAAAACACGGUUGUAGUUACAAGUGAGCUGCUUCCAAAAAAAACAAAAAAACAAAAAAAACAAAUAAAUGCUGUGACAUUAAACUAGUGAGUUUCUGUGAGCUGGAGUUAAAAAAAGUACCUGCUUAGCAAAAUAUACGUCCAAAUUUAGUCGAUCAGGUUGUUUAACUUGACUCGAAGCCUUUGAUAAGCUAAAAAACUACUUCAGCAUUCAGCCAGCUAGCUUCUUGUAUCUCACUAAUGUGAGUUAAAGACAUGUUUUUUUAAUUCCCAGUUUAAUAUGAACUGAUUGGAAACAGCUUGUUUCUUGAUUUUGGACUUUUCAUUUCAAAUUAAAAUGCUGGGGGCUAUAAACCACACUGACCAGGAAGGUGCCUGUGGAUUCAAUUUUUCUUCUUCUUGGCGGGGCACAUCUUACUAAUGUAAGAAACAUCCUUAGAAUAAUUUUGAGGUGAAAUACCCCUCCAAGAUGGCGCCCACAUAAAUGUAUCACUACACUUAUCUGUUCUUUUCUAUGCGGUCUAACACGAGCCUCCUUCACUGACAUGAAAUGGUUUACUUUGAAAAAUACUUCUUCAGUUUAUCUGAUAAUUAAAUACAAGAUAAGUUUACAUGAAAACUAGAGUUCUGAAACUUCUGACAGGCUAAAGCUUGAUUAUUUAAUCUCACGUUUACUUCAAAUAUUGACCUUUCUGUGGCCUCAGACUCUAAAACCACCUUGUAUCCAUCACCGUGUACAGCACUCGCCCGUUUUCUGCUGCGGUCCUUGGUCAGAAUGUCCACUGUAAAAAAAAAAAAAAAAAGCCCUCCUUUUUUAUUAGCCUGCUGUUGAUAUUAAAUUUCUACUGUUGGAUUCAGAGGAGUAUUUUAAAAGUGAAACUGGACACUCGUUCACUGGUUUAGACCCACGUUUAUAGUCUUUAACAUGUUAGCUGAACAGACAAGCUCUUUGUAUUUUAUAUUUAUAUGAUACUCUUGUAUUAUUAUUAUUGUUGAGUUUAUAUAAAUCUAUAUGUAAAGGUUUUUUUCCGCCUGCUGUAAAGAAAUUAUUAAAACGUUGAACUUUGAACAUGUUUGUCUGCUUGCCUGCUCAUCUGCUUUUGCUUUAAACAACUGUACAUGUGAUCAGAGUGUCUGCAGCUGCCUGAAAAUACACAAGAAAGACAAAAUUACACCUCCUAUACAAAAGUAUUAACCCCUUUGGAUGUUUUACUCUUAUUAAUUUUCAAUCAUGGUCAAUAUAAUAGGACAAAAAAAAACCUUUGUUAGCGUGAAAACAGAUUUCUAGCAAAAUUAAAUACAGGUUUUGUUGAGGAAAAGUGUUUUUGAGAUAUUUGUUUUCUUAGCAGUAUAAAAUAGAUUAACUGGUUCUUUAAGCAGCCAGUUAAACAACUUAACAAUAGUAUAUUAUCAUUUAUGAUGUCAAAAGUAACUGAUCAUUAAAGAGCAUCAGUAUCAGUAAAAAUCAACAGUCCUCCAUUGUUCUUCAACUGAAUUUUUGGUGAUAAAUUGAGAAAAACACCAGAUUUUUUUAAAUCAACAAAAGAAGAGAAUCAGCAUCUGAAAACAAGGAGGAAGUGGCGUGCAGAUGCCCUGAUCUGAUCCAGCAUGCUCUGUGCUUUAACCUUUAAAGAUGCUGCAGGUUUACCUUCAGUUUACCUUCAUAAAUUCCAGCUGGAGCGUGUGGGAGCAGGUGAGUGUGUUCAGCUGAAGUCGGAGAGAAAAAAGGGAAUCAUUCAGGAGGUUUGGACUCAAACACAAGCACACAUUAAUGACGCUUCAAAUCAUCAGCUUUUCACGGUUUUAUUCAGACUCUAAGGUCCAGUUAAUCAAGCCAUCAGAGUAAUCUGCAGCACACAUGUAGAUUUCAUCAGACCUACCUGGAAAUGUCACUUUCUGUGGAUGGGUGAGCUUCUGUGCAGGCUUUUUAGGGGUCACUGAGGAGGGUCCGCAGGGAGGGUGUGAAAUAAAAAAAGCUGUAAAAUCACUGCAGAGGACAUCAGUCAUGCAGGAAGGAUUGAAAAGCCUCCACAUCUUUUAUGUAAGGAGAAAUAUAGAAAAUAACUAUUUGAGAAGUUCAGCAGCACCGUGAAGCCUGAUCACAACAAAUCAGCUCAGAAAGAUUUAAAAAUACUGUGUUUGACUUCAAGGUCGGCUCAUUUCCUCAGCAGGAAACGGUUCAAAUCAAAGAUCUGUCAAUAGCAUGGCAUCAGGAAUAAUCCUGGAGCUGAAAAUAGGGCUGACACUUUUCAUUUAAUUAGAAUACAUGAAUGAGAAUUUCAGUAUUUUUAAACCUUGGCUCUAGUUUCACAGUUUUAAAGUCCAAAUGCUAAAUUCAGAGCUUUCAAUUCUGUACACCUAAAGGGCAAAAAGAUUGUAGAACAGCAGCAGCAGCAGCAAACACUGACCACUACGCUGAGCUACAGCCCUUUAAACACGUUUACAUCACGACAACCAAAGAGAUAUUAAACUGUAUGUUGUUGUCCAUUGGACCUUUCUCCAGCACAUAAACACUAUUAAAUCAUUAAAACCAUAAAAGGCCCAGUCAGAAAUAAAGAAAAUAUAGAAUAAACUGGCUAAAACAUGGAGAUGGCAACUAGGACUAUCAGCUUCUCUCUGGUGUUCAGUACUGGGAAGGCUCCUUGCCCUCUAAGACAGGGGUUCUCAACCUUUUCAGCCAGUGACUGAGAAUAAGAGUGCCAGAGUCUUGAGACCCCCACAGUACCUGAAGGUGGUUGAACACAGCCAUGCAAAGUUAAGAAUAGUCAUGUUCAAACAAGGCUGCUCAUAAGAGGGGAUAAAUGGGAGAGCUUUCUGGGGCCCAGCAGAAAUGGGAGCCAUGGAGGUCAGCAAAAUAAGCUGUGAUAUCCAUAUUUUACAUUGGAUAAUGACUUUUUUCAAAUAAACAAAUACUACAGCACAAAAGAAUAAAAGAAAGUAAAUAGCCUUUCUUAAAAAUGUAAAUCCUUUUUCUUAAAAACAGAAUUAAAAUGGAUUAAAAUGGCAAAAAGUUGUGGAAAAGGUAGUGAAUUGGGAUUGUGAUUGGGUUAAACUGGCAAAAAUGAGAUAAAAGUGGCAAAAAACUAAAAAAAAGUGCAUAUUAAUGGAGUAAAAGCAGACUAAAAAGUGGCCAAAAUGGGUGGAAAAUUUAAUGAAAUGGGUAGCAAAAUUGACUGGAACUGGCAAAAAUGGCUUCACUGAGGCAGAAAAAUUGGUAGAAAUUGGUUAAACUGGCAAAACAGGCAUAACAAACAAUGCAAUGUGGUUAAAAAGGGGCAAAAAUGGGUGUAAAAAGUGGUUAAAUGUGGCAAUAAUGGGUCAAAAGAUGCAACAAUAGACAGAAAGUGGCAAAAAUUGCUUUAGAAGCA